UUUUUUUUUUUUUAUAUUUUUUUUUUUUUACAAUUAACAAGAAAAAUAACAAAAAAAUAGAAAAAAAUAAAUUUUAUAGAAUUUAUUAAUUUGCAAGUAUUGCUGGAAUAUAUUUGAGAAACAUUAUUAAUUAAAUUUUUGAUUAUUAUUAUUUUCUUUUUUAAAUAUUGAAAAAUUAAUUAUCAUCAAUAUAUUUUUUAAAUGAAUUAUUACAAGUUUAAAUAUAUAAUGAACUUUCAAAUUAUUAAGAAAAAAAUUUGAUGUACAAUAUAUGACUUAAAUAUUAUUUAUUUAUUAUUUAUAUAUACUUAUAAUAAAUAAUAAUAUAUAUUUUUUUUUUAAACAUCAGAGCUUUAACAGUAUAUAGUAAAGUACAGGAGAAUCACGUUUUGAGUUGGUUAUAUUUUAAUUACACAACAUUUUAAUUUUAUCAAAGAUGGCAAAGAUGAGCAAAGAUGAGUGAGAUCAAAACAUUAUUGAUUAAAAUUUGGCCAAUCCUUAUCUUUGGUUAUGUUUGGUAAAAAACAUAGAGCUUAAAAAUCUUUUGAUAUUUUUUAAUAUAAUAUUAAUAUAUAUAAAAACAAAAAAAAGUAUUAAACCAUAACUUGAUUAAUUAGUGGAUACUUAAUUAUUAAUUUAAUCAAAUAUAUAAUGUGUUACUCUACAAGAGCAUGUAAGUGUAAAAAAUCUAUGGUUACGAAUUCAACUUCAAGACGUGCAUUUAAUAAAAAGAAAAAUAAGCAUUAUGAUGAUGACCAUGAUGACACAGAAAAUUCGAUGAUUGAUAUUGUUAAUGAUGAUUGCCUGGCUCAAAUAUUCAUGUAUCUGGCAGCAUGUGAAAGACCUAAAAUUGCUUUGGUAUGUAAAAAAUGGAAAGAAGCCCUUAAUUAUUCUUGGCAUAAUAUUAAAAAACUUGAUCUAAUUCAUUGGGAAUAUGAGUGUCCAACUUACUCAUACAAAUAUCAUAAAAUCAAUGGACAAUUAAGGUUUUUGAGAUCACUGCUUGAUAAUUGUGGUCGUUAUAUAAAAGAAUUAGAUGUGACAUCCUAUGGUCAUUAUAACAUAGUGCCAGUUAUUAAUGAAUCUUGUCCAAGCCUUGUAAAACUUCGGUUGAGAUUCAAGGAUGCUGAACCAAGAUCAUUAGUUAAUGCAUUUUCACGUCUAUCUAAAUUGAAGGUAUUAAAAAUUAUAUUUCAACAUAUUAAUAAUAAUGGAUAUAUACCUGUUGCUUUAAUCAAUUUAUUGCAAAGCGUUGCUCAUACAUUAACUGAACUGACUCUGUCAAAUUGGAACAGAGAAAAUUUUUAUGAAAGCUGGAGAAUUUCAAAAACAUUCAUUCGCGUGUUUCUUAAACUAAAAGCCUUGAAAUCAAUUGAAACUGAUGGCAUAUUCAUUGAUACUGACUCACACAUGUAUCUGAAACAACUUGGAAUAGUAGUCAUCAGUCACGAUAGUCAGUGGCUUAACCACAUUAACGAGAAAUUUCUGUAUAAAAAUACUAAAAAACUAAACUUAACGGAUUACCAAGCUACAGAUGAUUGUUUAUAUACUAUAGUCAAUUGCAUGAAGAAAUUACGAGAACUUACGAUUAUUUGUGAACUGGUAACCGAUGUUGGUAUAGUAGCUAUUUCAAAGAUUAAUACACUGAAAUAUCUUGAUCUUCGUGGGCCUGGUCAUGUCACUGACUCUUCAGUUGGAUUACUUAAAAAUUUAAAAUAUUUACAUUUACCAUACUGCAAUAAAAUUACUGAUGUUUCAGUCACAAAAAUUCUUGAAAAUUCACCAACAAUGAUCAGUUUUUACAUGAUAGGAUCAGCUGUAACUUUUGAAUUUGUGGAAAAAGCAAGAGAAGUAGCAGCGAAUCGUAAAAUAUAUUUGGAAUUAGGUCUUACAUAUUCAUCUGGUAUAAGAAAAUAUGAAUCGCAAUAUUUGCGCCAAAUUCUAUUUGAUUCAUCAAUAAAAAUUGUGUAUUGGUCGCAAUGAGAAUGACAAAUGCUAAAUUUAAUGUUAUAAUAUUAUCUACAACAAAUCGAUAUCUCAAAAGAUAAAAAAUAAUUUUUCCUUAAUUUUUUUUGGUAUCUGAAUAAUACAUAAGUAAGUAUAUUAUAAAAUUAAAAAAAAAAAAAUUCAUUUCUCGUGAAUAAAUGUUUGAUACGUUUAUUAUUUUUAAGUGUAAGGUAAUACACAUAAAUAAAUUAAAAAAAUUAUAAUCUUGAAAAACCAAAAAU